AAUUCACCUAUCUAAUUCUAAUACUUAAAUUCAAUCUUUCUUUUCAAUUUCUCAUUCUAAUGAAGCUAGGUUUUCAUCUUAAUUAGGUAACUUCACCUAUCUCUCUGAACGAAAAAACCAUGAACUUCUCGGCGGCACCUUCAGCCACUUUUCGCGGGAAUCUCGUUCCCUCCUCGCGCUGCGCCACUUGCUUUGAAUUCAAUCUUCGUUGUCAACUUCCUUCCUCCAUUGGUUUUCGCCGCUCUCUAAGGCGUUGGAGUUCCUUCAAGCUGAGCUCGAGCUUCAGAGGGAAGAGAGGAAUUGCUUGUAGUGUUACUGAGCCACAUUCAGAUCCUGAGGGUGACAAUGAGGAGGAGAAAAAAACACAUAAAACUGGAGAAACACAACCUUUGCAAGAUUCCUUUGAGCAAAGUAGUCCUCAGUCUGAAGAUGUAGAACAGCUAAAUAGUUUUAGUGAAAAUAAGGAUCAAAGUGAUGUGCAGAGUGUGGAUACCAUUGAAGUUGCCAGUGGUUCACCACUGCCAGCCUCAGCAACUGGAUGAUGCAAUAAAAAUUCCCAAGGAAACUAUUGAAAUUCUUAAGAACCAAGUAUUUGGAUUUGAUACCUUUUUUGUGACAAGCCAAGAUCCUUAUGAGGGUGGGGUGUUGUUUAAAGGAAAUCUACGAGGGCAAGCUUCUAAAAGUUAUGAUAAGAUAUCAAAAAGGAUGCAAG